GUGGGAUUUAAUGUUUUUGAAGAACGUUAAGGUGAUUUAAAAACCUAUAAGAAUUCGCUUUGUGGAUAACUUUGAAGAUGAAUACAUUUACGUUGCUUGCAAUCUGCGUUCAGUUUGUACUGGCUGUCCUUGGCAGGCAUCACAGAGACAGUGGUUUUCUAAACCACGUGCAGCUAGUGCACCAAUUCCGAUGUUCUCUGCCUCAACCGAGAGCUGUUCCGGUAGAAGAUCUCUUGACUAUAGGUCCUGGACCCGACGAAAUCUUCUAUCCUGCAUCCACAGUUCUAACACGUUGCGCGGGGUCAGGAUGUUGUUCCGAUUCUAGACAAAUCUGCGCCCCAAUCGAGACCAGGAAUGUCAGUCUCGUUUUCAUGGUGAAACAUCGCAUCGAUCAGCAACGGGAUCGUCAUCAUGAAAUUAUUCAUGCUCUAGAACACACUAAAUGCGCCUGUGUAGAUGAGAUCCUAGCUGCAAAAAAUACUACGCUUUAAAUGUGAAUAGUGGUCUUGAAAAUAAAAAUUCGUAACCUGA